AUGUACAGGAACUACAAACCAUUUAUUAAUACAGCUACAGCAAAAGUCUCAACAUAUUCGAAUAUUAUGGGUGGUUCUCAAUUAAAGAACCUGAAAGCUACUCUGAAGGCUAAUGAUUUGACUGGCCAAACCGCUCCCAAGAAGAAAAAAGGAUCAAAAAGACAGGCAAAGAAUUAUGAUCAUGAAGAGAGACAACAGGUAAUUGCUAAGAUCAGGGAGCAGUUCAGUCCCUUUGAAAUCAAGGCUGCGAAGAGUAAGCAGGGUAAAGAAAAGAUGGUUCCUGUAGGGAAACCUGGAACCUCAAAACAGAUUGGUGAAGAACAGCGUCAACGUAUAUUUGAAGCCAAGAAAGCCCAAAAGAAUAAACAAGGUGGUGUUGUUGAUAGAAGAUUUGGUGAAAGAAGUAGACACAUGACUGAAGAAGAAAAGAUGUUAGAGCGUUUCACCAGGGAAAAGCAGAGUCAAUCUAAAUCAAGGAAGAAUCUUUUUGAUUUAAACGAUGAUGAUGGUGAUGAUAUGUUUGGUGCAAAAUUGACACAUUUGGGUCAGGAUUUGGAGGAUGAUUUUGACGAAGGUGAUUUGGGUGUAGAUGAAGAAGAUGAUAAAGGUGGUUUCUCAUCCAAAAGAAAAUAUGAAGAUUCAUUGGGUGAACCUCAACCUGAGUCAAGAAAAAAGACAAAGGCUGAAGUUAUGCAAGAAGUUAUAGCCAAGUCGAAAUUCUACAAGCAGCAAAGACAGAAGAGUCAAGAGCAAAGGCAGGAUCAGAUCGAAGAAUUGGAUGAAGGAUUUGACGAUAUUAUGUCUGAAUUGAGAAGUUCCAAUGUUCAACGGAAUCCUGAGGAGCCAAACCAAGAGGAAAAGGAUAAACAAAAGGAAUAUGAUAUGAAAGUUAGAGAAUUGAUCAUGGAUAGAAGAGCUGCACCUGCGGAUCGUACCAAGACUGAAGAAGAAAUAAAGAAAGAGGAAGAAGAGAAAAUGAAGAGACUAGAACAACAGAGAAUAGAUCGUAUGAGCGGUAUUGUUAUGGAUGAAGAUGGUGAAGAAAAAGGUGUUGAUGAUUUAGACGACGAUUUCUGGGGUAGUGAUGAAGAACAGGAAGGAUCAGGAGAAGAGGCCAUCGCAGAUUCUGAUGAGGAUGUUCAGUUGAGUAGUGAGGAUGAAGGUGAAGCUCGUAGACCAAUACGAGACAUUUCUUGCCCUGAUAACCACAAGGAAUUCAUGGAUAUGGUGAAGGGACCUGUCUCAGAACAUCCAAAGAUUGUAAAGAAAAUCAUAAAAGCAUAUCAACCUAAACUGGCUGAGGGAAAUAAGGAAAAGUUAGGCAAAUUUACCGGAAUUAUACUUAGACACAUGAUCUUUUUAUCUGAACAAAAAUAUUCUGGUAAUGUACCAGAAUUUGCAUCAGUACAAAACUCAUUAUUGGGAAUACUAAAAUCAAUGUCUGAGAAAUACAAUCACCCUCUUUCAGAUACUUGUAGAGAUAUCAUAAAGGAAAUGCAGAUUAGGUUCAAAGAAAAACAUUUUUCGGGAUUAUCAGUAGGUGACUUAACUUUCUUUACACUAGUUGGAUGUCUUUUCUCCACAUCAGAUCAAUACCAUUUAAUUGUUACUCCAUGUUCAAUUUUAAUUGCUGAAUUUUUGGAGCAGAUUAAAUUUAACUCUUUAGAAAGACUUGGAUUCGGCGCCGUCUUGGUCAGAAUAUCAUUACAAUACCAAAGGUUAGCCAAACGUUACAUCCCAGAAGUAACAUAUUUCCUAGAGAAAUCCUUAGCUACUUUCUUAGCUAAUGAUAACUGCAUUAAUUUCAACGUGGACACCAAGGAUUUAGCAAUCUCCAAGACACAAGAUUUUUCAAAAGAAAUACCGUCUACCUUAAAUUUACAUCUACUAUUCGAAAGUCACGAAUUAGGUGAUGAUCUUAAAGCUUCAAUAUUUUUAAACAUUUUGGACUCUCUUAGGAUCGCAGUUACGACAAUAUGGAAAAAUCUUUCAGCUUUUGAAGAGAUUUGCGUCAAUACAGAAUUUCUACUCAAUGAAAUAAUCAAGUCAUUCCCAGGCUUGAAGAUAGCUCAUCAACUUUUGGAAACCAUACAAAAACUUAAGAAGUUUGAUCAACAUUAUCCAUUGUCUUUGCAAAAUCACAGACCUCUAGCCAUUCCUUCUCAUGCUCCUAAAUUCGAAGAAAACUUCAACCCUGAGAAGAAAUCUUAUGAUCCAUCUAGAACAAGAAACGAGAUCAACAAGAUGAAGGCCCAAUUGAAGAAAGAACGUAAGUUUACCAUGAAGGAAAUCCGUAAGGACACCAGAUUUGAGGCAAGACAGAAAGUCGACGAAGACAAGAAGAAUGCUGCCAGCUACCAUGCCAAAAUGGCACAAAUCUUUAAUACAAUCAGUACUGAAGAAGGUGCUGAAAAGAACAAGUACGAAAAAGAGAAGAAAUUACGUACUGGAAAACAUUGA